UUGGAGGUAGAAUUUGAGAGAGUUUGAGAGUGUGUUUGAGUGUGUGUGUGGCGUUGCGAGUUUUUGUAGGGUUAAGGAGCUCGAUUGUGGCCCUGGGCACCAUGGCUGGCGUUGCACUGGGAAUACGGGUCGGGGUUGCGACCCCUGCUACUUCUUCGUCUGCGUCCUCCUCUUUCUCCCUGCGUCGGGUUUCUUCUUCUUCUUGCGUUUUGGUGCCAUCUCUCCGGAGAGCUGUUGCUUCCCGGGAUUGCGUCAAUGGUGGCUUUGUGACACUGCUCGAUGCGAGGAAGCAGAAGAUCUUAGUGUCCACGGGGACGGCUGGCCAGGUGCGAGCCCUUGCGCACGAAGCUGGAGCUGUGAUUGAGGAGGAUUCUGGUCGUGGUAAUCGGAUAAUUCACGGCCGUUGCUUCAUUGUUGGGGAUAACAUUGACACGGACCAAAUCAUUCCUGCUGAGUACCUGACCCUGGUGCCUUCGAAGCCCGAUGAGUAUGAGAAGCUUGGGAGCUACGCUAUGAUUGGGCUUCCUCAGGAAUGGGGAAAGUUUGUCGAAGAUGGGAAGAUGAAGACCGAGUACAAGGUCAUCAUUGGUGGCGCCAAUUUCGGCUGUGGAUCUUCUAGGGAGCAUGCACCAGUGGCAUUAGGUGCUGCUGGUUGUCGUGCCGUGGUAGCCGAAUCGUACGCAAGAAUCUUCUUCCGAAAUUCAGUUGCAACAGGAGAGCUGUAUCCUUGUGAAACACAAGAAAAAAUCUGGGAGGAGAACCAUACUGGCGAUUAUGUAACUUUGGACAUGGAGAAAGAUGUGCUGGUGAAUCACACAACUGGGAAGCAAUACAACUUGAAGCCUAUUGGUGAGGCAGGACCAGUCAUUGAUGCCGGUGGGAUAUUUGCUUAUGCGAGAAAAACUGGAAUGAUUGCAUCUCCAGCACAAUAGGCACCCGGUUCUAGUGGUUUCAAGCGUGUCUCACCUUGAGCAUCUACUGCUUGCAGUAACUAUUUUUCGCCCUCAUGUUCCCGUUUUUUAAGCUAAAUUGAAAUAUUUGAUUUGUUUAAUUUGGUGGCUAUUGCCAAGUUUAAACCGAUUAUAUAAAAUCAUUUAGCCCUGAAGUUGUUCAGGAAGUGGCUGUUUACAAGGACCAUAAGUUCUUACAGAAUUUCCCUCAUGGAACAAGGAGCGUGUGACUAUAUUUCAAAUGGUCACUUCUAUUCUCGUC